AUGGUUCUUGCUCUGAGUGACAUAAACUCGAACCUAAACAACCCUCUUUGGUCGUCCGAUGUUUUGAUCAAAUCUCACGAUAAUGACACCUUUGCUCAGCUUCUCGACACAGGAAACUUGGUUUUACUUGAAAAUGGAGGAAAGAAUCAGAAGGUUCUAUGGCAGAGUUUCGAUUAUGCCUGUGGCACAAUACUUCCAUCUAUGAAACGUGGGUAUGAUCGAAAAACUGGUUUCAAUAGGGUCCUUACAUCAUGGAGAUCCCAUGAUGAUCCUAGUAUUGGGAACAUGAGCUUCAGCAUCGACCCAACAGGCUAUCCUCAAAUGUUCACAUAUAAAAAUGGAGCUCCAUUUUGGCGAUGGGGAUCUUGGACAGGUCAAAGAUUUAGUGGCAUACCACAUAUGACACCCAAUUUCGUGUUCAACGUUAGUUAUGUUGACGAUGCUAAUGAAGUUUCCGUAACAGUUAGUGUCCUAGACCCUUCAGUGUUCUUCAGAAUGGUGAUGGACAACACCGGUCACUUUUCACGAACAAUUUGGCAAGCUAGAGAGCAAAGAUGGUUUGAAAUUUGGUCUGGUCCAACAGAUGAUUGUGACAACUACAGAAAGUGUGGAUCAAACAGCAUAUGUGAUGUGUAUAAUAAUAAAAACAGCAAGUUCGAGUGUGUAUGUUUGCCAGGAUUUGAACCCAGGAACUCGCGAGAGUGGUCUGAUGGGAACGGAUCAGGUGGGUGUGUGAGGAAGAAGAAUGUGUCCACGUGUCAAAACGGCGAGGGGUUUGUGAAGUUAGCACCUGUGAAGGUUCCAGAUACGUCAAAGGCACGUGUGGAUAAGAGUAGGAGCUUGAGCUUGAAAGGGUGUGAAGAGAAGUGCCUAAGGGACUCUUCGUGUGUAGCUUAUACAAGUGCAAAUGAGGUCAGGCAAAGUGGGUGCAUAACGUGGCAUGCUGAUAUGGAAGAUAUUAGGACAUUCAACAAUGUGGGACAAGAAUUGUACGUACGUGUGGAUGCGGCUGAAUUAGGUACAUACUUAUUUGGGAUAAUGAAUAUUUUAGUCUCUGAAAAUUUAUCUCAGUUAUUGAUUUAG